UCGGUUUCCCACUCUGAUCUGGAAGGAAUGAUGACCGAGGAAGGAUGUGCACCAGCAGCCAGAUUAUUGGGAGCCUCUUGGUGCUCUCCGUGCUGGAGAUAGGGCUGGGGGUGUCCAGCGUGGCCGUGGGGGCGGUCAGCUUCAGCCUGGCCCUCCGACAGCACAAGCCGCAGCUCGGAGACUCGUCCCCGGUAUGGAGCGGGGUGUGUUUUCUUCUGUGUGGCAUAUGUGGGAUACUGUGCGCCAAAAAAAAGUCUGGACUUGUCAUGAUCCUCUUUUCCGCCUGCUGCAUCUGUGGACUCAUCGGGGGCAUCCUGAAUUUUCAGUUCCUUCGGGCAGUGACAAAGAGGACCUCUUCCCUCUAUCCGCUGCACGUCGCCUCCAUGUCUCUGGCGUGCAUUGGGAUCGGGGGCUGCACCCUGUCUUCAUGGCUCACUUGUCGACUGGCCAGCUAUGAGCAGAGGAGGAUGUUCUCCGAGAGGGAGCAUUCGCUGCAUCACUCUCACGAAAUGGCUGAGAAAGAAAUGACAGACAACAUGAGCAAUGGAGGACCCCAUCUGAUAUUUAAUGGAAGAAUAUAAUCAGUGUUUUAAAGAACUGAACAUUUUUUAGGAUUUUCGUGAGGCAAGAAAAUACCAAAGGUCGAGGCGAUGAAACUGAAACUGUUCUUAGAUUCGCUGUUGUCACUCCUGAGCACCCACGAAAAUCAUUCUUGCUCAAUUUUGACUCUCUGAUGUCUUCAGCUUUUUUUUAUUGGGUGAAAAACUUUCCAGAAAGAUUGUAGUACAGAAAUUUCAACACUUUCCAGAUGGUUCUACAAAAGACUUUUCCGGGGGGAAAAAAAAGAAUAGAGAAAAGAGAAAAUUUUCUAUUCUAUACAAAUACUCUUUGACUAGCAUGAGCGUUAGAUCUGUCUUGAUGUAUUCCAUAUAGGUAAUCAGAAAGUGCAAAUAUCAAUAACAAUCACUCAGUGGUGUCUUUGUUUUGAAAGACAAUGGAUUCGAGACCUCAGCA